AUGCCUAAACUGGGGCAGACGGAUUCCAAGGGCGGUCCCAACAGGGACCCUUUGUUUGAUCCCUACGCCUCCCCUGGUUUGGAAGGACUGCAACCUACAGGACCCAUCCAGGGAGGAACGGAGCCCAGACCUACUGUGCUGAUUACCCUCACACCUGAUAGAGCCGAAGGAGGAUCUGAGGAAGCCCCAACCCAACUGGAAGGUGCUUCCAGCCGAGUUGUAGAACAAAAUCUGGCUGCCCUGCAAGCUAUGGUCCCGAGGGGACAACCGCUAAUACUUCUUGAUGACCAGCAACAGCCAGUACAACCACCGGAUCAACCUCAGGGGCCGGCCAAUGAGAGACCGGAGGAACUUCCCCUGGAGGAGCCGGGAGGACCUCGAGAUGACGAGGACGAGGCACCAUUAGAACAGCCUCAAGAGCAAUCGCAGGAGCAGCCCCAAGAACAACCGCAGGAGCAGCCCCAAGAAUUGCCGGCGGAGCAACCACAAGAACAGCCACAGGAGCUUCCGGCCCACCCGGUACAGCCGCAAGAGGAGGCUCUGGUGCUCCCGCUGCCGCCACGGGGGCAGCCACGGUUUCCAGGGCCUAGACUUCCUCCACCAUUUAGACCGAGAGGUCCGCCUCCUCAAGGCCCUCCAGCUCCAUGA